AAGCCUCGCGCGCCAAAGCGUAGCGCACCUCUCGCGCCAACCAGUGUCCGUGCGCGUUCCAUUGCGAACGGAGGGAGCUCGCGGAGUGGUGGAAGCAGCGUGGAGUGACGACGAAGAGGUAAAGAGUUCAGUGAGAGGGAAGUGUGCAUCGCCGUCGCCGCGUGAUCCCGUCUCAGUCCACUGGAUUUCUUCUCCACGGAAGUAUAAGCAUUCAUCUCUAAGUCCAAAACCAAAGAUUCUCCUUAAGUUCACUUUUAAGCUGCCUACAUCCCUGAUGUCAAGACCUUGCUCCUCUGCCCGGGGUCCCAAGCCUCCUAUUGCACCCAAACCCAGACUGCUGCAUGAGCCAGAAGAAAAGUCUUGCUUGAAUACUAGAAACAGUCUGCACCAGUGUAGCAAUGGAGGCCAGAUAUUUUCUGAGGAAGAGCUGGACCAAGAUAAUGAACCAGGUGGCUUACUAGGUGAGAGUACAGAGGUUGCACCGGAACCUUAUUUCAACUGCAAUAACAAUGGAAAUGAGGAAGAGGAGAAUGAACAAGAAUUCAAGGACAAAAUAACUGCCACCAUUUGCACAGAAGUUGCUAAUUCUGAUGGCAUGCAAAAAAUUUUUGACAUUGAAUGUAACCCUGAGUUAACUGAUGUUGUGGAGACAUCUGAUAUUGAAUGCAUGCUCGACAUCGAGCCAGAUAGCUGUGGGGCUGGUGAAGCACUUGCGGACACUGACGGACUGUCAGAGUUUGACAUCGCCUGUGACAAUGAGAUAGCAGACCAAUACCCAUGUGCUCCUCAGCACAAGAACGACCCUGUAGAUCUGGGGAUGAAUGAGGACAGCCCACCUCAAGAAACUGACACAGCUCAAGAGCAAAACGAAGGCCACUGGUAUGCUGACAAAAGCCAUACAUGUGAGUGUUUUCACCAGCAAGUGCACUUUCCACAGAGCCUUGAAUCCGUGGAUUCCUUUGCUGAUGCUUCAUCCCUAUACAAAGACUGUCAGCAAAAUUUGAAUAGGCUUUCUUGCACCUUGUGUAAACCUUCAGAGAAUUUGGAUGACCAGCAAGUUAUCAGUUGUGUAGGUGAUGGGGAGUUACAGAACAUUACAGACUCAUCUGAUCUUCUCCAGCAUGCAGAGGAGACUGGAGAUUUUUUUAAGUUUUAUCCUGUCUCUGAUGCAGAGUGUACUACAGAGGUGGUUAAUGAUGUGGACACUGAAGCUCAGAAUGAGUUUAGCAGCAACAGCUGCAUGGGGGGUCAAUCCAUUGGUUUUGAGGGGCAAGUGGCUGUGAAAUCCAGCACCAGCCCAAAACCCUUCUGUGUCUUAUCAGAUAAAGUUGAUGAUGACAUUAGUGAAGCUCAUCCAAAGGAGGUUGUUUUUAAUGAAAAUCUGGGGUUUGAAAACCCCAAGACAGAACAAUCCUGUAUAAUGGAUGAAAAACAUACUGGUGCCAACUAUGGUGACAUAGACAACGACUCUCUCUGUCAAGACACAGAGGAUUUACACCAACUUGAAUGUGUGUCAUCUGAAGACUAUGUUGAAAUAGGUGAGGAAGAUGAUCCAGAUAAAAUAGGAACACCUCAGAAAAGUAUUGUGAAAGACAGCAAAUGUAAAAGCAAAUGUGCUGAUGCCUCUUUCCAGCCGUUAAAUAGCAAGCCUUGCUUUAGACUGUGCUCAAUCACCAUGCCUGUGGACAUGGAUAUGAGUACGACAUCAGAACUCACCGACACGCUGGUAUUUACAGACAGUGCAGAUGUGUUUGGGAAUGACAUUGAUAUUGAAGGCCAUAUUGUACCUUUCUUGGAAGAAACAGAUACAGAUCAAGACAAUAUUAGUGAUGAGCAUGUCUAUGAGGAGGCUGGACUUGAUUCAGAGGGCGAAAACUUUUUGUCAAUGGACAGAAAGAGUAUUGUAACACGUUCACGGUCUCUCUCUGGAAAAGUGCCUGGUUACGUUCCAGAAACUGUUCCAGAAGAAACUGGAACUGAAUACCAAACUAAUGAGUACUGCACUGUAGCCUUAGAAAAAAACAGUCAGAGUGAGGGCAAACAGUUAGAGAUAAACCAAAUCCUCCCCUCUUCUAAGUCAAGGCAUUUUUUUUUCUAUCCUCGCUCCUUCUCUGUUGAAGGAGGAGACACAACUAUGUCACUUUAUGAAGAAAAUGACUGUUCAGUGGGAGAAGACAGAAUUAAAAGAAACGAAGACAACAGAUCACUGCCAUGUUUCGCAGGAUCAUCAGGGAGUUUCUCCCAGAGAAGUCACCUGCCCUCUAGUGGUAUGUCCACCCCCACCUCAGUGGUUGAUAUUCCACCUCCUUUUGAGCUGGCCUACAUCACCAAGAAACCCAUCACCAAAAGCUCCCCAUCUCUUUUGCUUGAAAAUGAUUCCUUUGACAAGCAGAAGAAGAAGAAGUCCUCCUUUAAGCGUUUUUUUACCUUGAAAUUCAGAAGGAAACGAGAGAACAAGAUGCAUUUGGAUGUCAAUGUCUCGUCUUCCAGAUCAUCCUCUGAGUCCAGCCACCAUGGGCCUGUACGAGUCCUGGAGAUAGACAGAAGGAGUUUGGGAAGCUCCCCACAGCCAAUUUUGCGAUCUGGUAAACCACAGCGUGCAUCAGACUCACCCACCACCUUCCUCUUCUACAAGGACAGCAAGAGAAAAAGUCCCCCCAAGCCUUUUAGCAACAGAUGUGUUUCCCGUGUGGAGUCAUUCGAGGACCGAUCCAGACCUCCUUUCAUGCCUUUACCACUCACCAAACCUAGGUCCAUAUCUUUUCCCAAUGCAGACAUGUCUGAUUAUGAGAACAUUCCAGCAAUCAGUUCAGAUUAUGAGAACAUUCAGAUUCCGUCAAGGAGACCCACACGGGGGCCCAUGUUUGCAGAGUUCCAUGAUGACCCCAGUCGUACGCUUUCAUCUGCCAAUGAGAAUGAUGGCUAUGUGGAUAUGAGCAGCUUUGUGGGAUUUGAAAGCAAAGCACAGACACCUCAACUGGAACCUGAAAGAGUCCACACGCAGCCAGAGACGAUGGUCCCUGUGUCUGUAGGAUUACCAGGAAAGCCUGAGAUUGAAGAUGACCAGGGCCGCACAUCAGAGGAGGAGGAUGGAGGUGCAGAAUACACUCAAGACAAACAGACUGAUGGAAGAUCCAGAGCUUUCUACAUUGCAAAAGACCUGGUCGAUUCAGAGAAAGUACACAUAAAAGGACUGAAACUGCUACAGGAGGAUUUUAGGAUUGCCGUGGCAGGGUCCGUGGGGGAGGAUGGGGAGCCGGCUGUGCCGGAGGACAGCUUCAAUGAAAUCGUUGGCAAACUGCCAGAGGUGUAUCAACUCCACUGUUGCCUCCUCUCAGAGCUUGAGUAUCGAGUAAAACACUGGGAGGAGAGCCAGAGGAUUGCUGAUGUUUUUUUGGCUCAGCGAGCAGAGCUUACAGUCUUCACGGACUACAUCAGCCAGUAUGAUCGAAGUAUGGCCUUGCUGGAUGAAAGUUGCCAAAGGUCUCCCACCUUUGCCGCAAUUGUGAAACAAUUUGGGGGUUUGGUUAGUGGAAAUGUCACCGUGAAACACCAGCUGCUGCAGGUCAUCAUCCGCAUGUUGCAGUACCGCAUGCUGCUCACAGAUUACCUUAACAACCUUUCUCCAGACUCUACAGAAUAUGAAGACACACAAGCUGCACUGUUGAUUAUAUCUGAAGUGGCAGACCAAGCAAAUGACAACUUGAAACAAGGGGAGAACCUGCUACGACUGGUCCACAUUGAAUACAGCGUUGGGGGCCAGAGUGACCUGAUCCAGCCAGGAAGGAAAUUUGUGAAGGAGGGCACCUUGAUGAAAGUUUCUAGGAAGAGCCGACAGCCCCGACACUUGUUUCUGAUGAAUGAUGUGCUGCUGUACACGUUCCCACAGCAGGAUGGCAAAUAUAGACUGAAGAACACGCUCCAUCUCACAGGAAUGAAGAUCAGCAAACCAACUCUAGAGAAUGUGCAGUAUGCCCUGAGGAUUGAGGUUAAUGAGGUCUCCAUCACCUUGUCGACCAGCUCAAGUGGCGAGCAUGAUGACUGGUUCCAUACCCUGAGUCGUACUGUAGAUGACCACUCCAGGGGCCUGGGGGCAUCUGGCAUCUCUGUUGGCGAGGUGAGGGACAAGCUGUGGAUGUCUUUGGGGGAGAAGGCGCCGACCCUGGUGCCCGUGUCCCAUGUGAUGAUGUGUAUGAACUGCACUUCAGACUUUUCCCUCACACUUCGCAGACACCACUGUCACGCCUGCGGGAAGAUUGUGUGCCGGGGUUGCUCCAGGAACAAGUACCCUCUGAAAUACCUCAAAGACAGGAUGGCGAAAGUGUGUGACCACUGCUACACUGAGUUGAAGAAACAAGGGGGUGAUGUUGCUGAGGUAAGCCCGGAAGCCAGUCCUCGGACUAAGCGUGUCAGCCGACCUCUCUCCGCCGUCUUCCAGAACAUUCACCCCCCCAGCCUUUGGAAGCAGAGAAAGACAACUGCAACUCUAAACCAGAUUCCGAUGGAAGCUGAAGGUUCCACCACUAGUGGCACAUUGCAUCGCUGCAAGAGGAGCAAGAAGAACUGGAAGAGGCUGUGGUUUCUUGUCAAAGACAAGGACAAAAUAGCAUCUGAGAGUCUUCCCUUGCUGGGCUUCACAGUGAAGCUACCUGAGGGGCCUGCAGGGGAGGAUGCCAACAAUGCCUUUCCACUGUACCAAAAGAAGAGUCUGUACUGCACCUUCAAAGCAGAGGACAACAGCAGUGCACAGAGGUGGAUCAAUGCCAUAGAGGAGGCCACAGUUUUAUAGCAGUCAUCAUCACGAUCAGUGACUGACCCAGUAUGGAUUACUAGUCUCUCUCCGACCUACGGCUCACUGCUCCCUUCCACCACAUGGUUAUGCCUCAGAAUGCCUGAAUGUAAAUAUAAGAAAAAAACUUUUUUGUUUGCAUAUUGAAUGGCCACAGAAAGACUGUAUGUGUUCUCUCUUGGAUUGUUACAGAAAAAACUGAAACCAGUCUUCUGUUAUUGCAUGCUGAUAUUAUAAGGCUCCCUUAAUUUUUCCCCAGCAACCUGAAUUGCUUUUUGGAUAUGAAUAUAGUGUGGAAAUUAUGUUACACUAAGCCACAAUUUUUUUAUUGCUCAUGUAGUGUACAACUAAUCAAGUUGUACAAAUACAAUUUAAAUACAUUGUUUUCUUUUAUUUUGAAGCUGCUAUUUAUUAAUUCAUUCCAACCUGAAUGGAGUCAAAAGAGCAUUUUGUUUUGCCUCCUCUGAAAACCCAAGUACUGGUCUCUCCCUGGAGAGCUAUCCAGAGCUAUCCAAGGAGAAACUCCUUAGUCUCGUUUCUGAAGGAGUCCAAUUGUUUCCACAUGAUAUUUGUUCCGGUAAUAAUUCAGCACAACACAUCGCACCCAGUCUGCCUUGGCAGGAUUGAUCUCUCCCUAUGUGGGGUACUUGUGCCAGUGUGGCUCCACUGUCACUGAACUCCUGUAUACUGUGAGUGUGUCCUCAGGUAACUGCAUUCAUUUCUAUGAAAGAGUUCCCUUCUGUUUCCAUGGCAUGCACUCUGUCUUUCACUUUUCUACUGCAAUGUCUUCACCGAGUUUGUUCUUACGGAUUCUGGAUCAACAAAAGCACGUGAAAUGGGCAAAGUAGGGAAAAAGCUUGAUUGUGUGCAUACCCAAAAGGCAGCAGAACAUAAAAGAGAGAAAUGAAGAACACAGCUCAUCUUUUACUGCUCAAGGUGUUGGUGUACAACAGUCCUCAGGGCGCUGAGCAAAGGCAAAAAUGGGAGCAUAUUUGUAUUUGCCCUUGGUGUCUGUUUUGGUUCCCAUGUCAAAUGACAGCUAUAUAGCUGUUUAUUUUUACCUCCACAUUUACGGUUCAUCAAGCACAUUCACAUCUUUUUCUCUAAGCUACACUUGUCACUGAAUAUUUGUGAGUAUAUUAAUGGCCUUGUUGAAGACCUGUGGCCUAGAUGAUAUUCCUCAUUCCUUUACCGUGUUGAUUUCCUCCGUGACACCUUCUCCAGACUUAUUGUUCACGCAGUUUGUGAGCUGAACAAAAACCUGUUUAAAAUUCAAGGUCAGGAGUAAGAAAAAUUUUUCAUUUGACCUUAUUCCUGAGGAUUGUUAUUUUUUUGGUUCCUAACAGUACCCCCCCAUCCACUGUUACAGUACCCUUAAUCUCAGUUUUCACAAUACUUCUACUGUUGAAAUCUUGACUGUUUUGGUCGCCGAUACUGUGGUGUGAUCCCAGCUGACAAGGGACAAAACAGCAGGGGCAAGUUAUACAUUUUCAGUCAAAGAUUAUUAUUUUUUCAGUGCUAUGAAUGAAUUAGAAAGUUCAGAAUGCCUUUUGGAAAUAUUUAACAUGAACAGGAUUGCUGUUUCUCCACUCAUGGUUGAGAUGUUGAGAUUACAAGAGUACCAGAGGUAAUAAUGUUCAACAUUUUUCGAGGCCUACGUGAAAAAAUAUGCGCUACACAUGACACACAUCCAAAAAUCAAAGGGUUUGUCACACAUUAAAGCCACAGAGAAAUGCAGAGGGGGAAAAUUCAUAUUCUUUUUAUAUUCCUGGCUACUUUCUCAAUCUUUUAUUUAUGAUUUUGCAAUUGGUAUUAAUUGCAAACAUGUUUUAUACUGUGAUUAAUGUUUUCUUUUUCCAUCAGAAAUGACAUUUCAUUUUUUUUAUGUAGUGAGCUGUAGGACUUUAAUAGUUAAACACCAGUUGUAGCUACAGAGAUACUACACACUAUUUAAGGAGUGGUACAGUAGCAAGAAAAAACUACACUUUGCUAACAACUUCCCUUAUUAAGGGUACCUUCAUUCUUUAAGCAGGAACUCGGUAUAGUUUCCAUGUUAUUUUAAUAUUAGAUGGGGCCCAAAGCAUCGUUAGACAUUAACAGAAAGCAGCUGCAAUUAACUGGGCCUUAUUAAUAAAGUCUUUAUAACACAGCAUCUGCUUGGAGGACAAUUCUCUUAUUUGAUGGAUGUACUGUACUUUCAAAAUGCCUUGCAUAAUGUAAAUAUAUGCUUAUAAAAAUGCAUUAUUGUUAUUUGCACUGACCAAAAGAAAAUAA